UUCAGAGCUAAGACGAGUCAUCCAAGCUUCUCUAACUGUUAGAAAUCUUCAUCACUACCUUAACACUUUCGUUCCCCUAUAAACCCCUGUCUUGUUUUCUCUUAUGUGUUUCUUCAUUGUGCAAAAAGCUGCUACUCUUUCUGCUGAAGCCUUUAUCUACUGGUGAUUCAAAGUCUUAUUUAAAUGCCUUCUUAUCUCCUUCAGGUUUCCAUAUUCACCACAGCUUCCAGCUGUAACAACUAACUCCACAGUCUGCACACUCUUCUUUCAUCAAAGCCCUGAAUUCGUUUGACCCAGUUUUGUUUUCUGAGCUUCUUCAUAAGAAAAUGGCUUUGAUCAAUAUUCCCACUGGUCAUGUUCAGGUUAGGAAAACAACACUUUCAGUUGAGAGAAAGCCAUUGAUGCUCAAAGAUUACCUCAGAGAAGAUCUGAGUUCUUGCUCUUCUAGUGGUUUCAGAUCGUUUCCACGCCGCCAGUGUUGCACCACCGUUCGGUUUCUUCUCGAGACUGACUUGAAGAGAUCUAAUCAUGAUUACUCAACUUCUACUAAACGGUCUUUGAAAAGAAGUCGAUCGAAGCCAGGUUCCACUUCCAUCGCCAUUUCUGCUCUGCAAAGAGCUUCGGAUGCUGUACUUAACGCCGUCAAGCUGCUUCCUUUUCCAUCCACCAAGUCAUCGUCGUCGUCGGUAAAAACAGUAGUUGGAGGAAAGGGAAAGGGGAUUUACCCAGGAGCUUUGCAAGGAAGCUCUUCAAAAGAAGAUUAUGGAGAAAAGCUGACAAGGAAGAUAAUCAUGGCCGUGGUGAGAUCAAAAGCUGGAAACUGUUUCGUGAAUUUCUUGAAGAGAAAAACCAACCGUCUGUUCAUAUUAAUGUUGCCAGUUAUACCACCACCGAUACCUCCUCCGCUGUUGUUACUACGAGCAGUAACUCCGAGGGCUUGGGUGGUGCCGACGCUGUUUCGAGUAAAAUAAAUUUACGGGAGGAGAAAAAUGUCAGCAACAUGGUGGGCGUAACAGGUGGUGAGGAUUCCGUCAACUGCAUUAAGGAUUGGCCAAACGACGAAGCAAAGCAACAGUUGAGUCCAGUGUCGGUUCUAGAUUGCCCUUUCGAUGGAGAAGAAGAAGACGAUGGGUCUGUUUUCGAAGAUCAGUUGGCCCGGGUGGAAGGAACCAAACAGAGGCUCAUGCAAAAGAUCAUAAGGUUUGAGAAGCUGGCUCAGCCGGAGCCACUGGAAUUGGAUAAACGGAUUGCAUCCGCAGAGGCAGAGCUUGAAGAUGAACCUGAACCAAACCAUCAGAAAGUCAAAACCCCAGAUUUGUUCGCAAGGGAGAGAUUACUGAUGGAAGAGUUUGGGGUGAACAAAUUGAGGAAUGAGAAAGCUCAAGAUCGGAAACAAGUUUAUGCUAAAGAAAUGGGGGAUACUGUAAAUUGGAUCAAGUUCAAUGUGGAAAAGGAGGAGGCUGGAUCGGCGCUGCAACUUGAGCUUUUCACUUCGAUGAUGGAUGACUUGUUAAUUGAUCUCAUCUCACAUUAAUUUCACUCUUUUUGAUACCGAUUUUGGGUACAAUCGUUGUGUUGUGAUA